CACCACAACAGCAGGUGCUGCAUCACUGUUCUCACAUACACAAACACACACACACACACAGGGUGACAGGGUGAGAUCUGGGAGACGGGUACUGCACCGCUCCAUGCAGACAGGUGAGUGCGCACACAGACUUCUAUCAGGCUGGGAUCGGUUUACAUGGCAGAUGCCAGUGAUGCUGACAGACAGGUAAAGGUAAGUGCAUGUUAGCAGUAACCUGCACGCUGUGCAGCAGCGCAGGACACACCGAUGGGAGCUUAUACGCACAGUGGAUGAUGUCAACAAUGUGGAGACUUCCUGCAGAAGGUAAAUAAAUGGGCACAUACGCAGGCUGACGUGGUAGCCGCUCACCGUCAGUGUUGUGCAGUUACUAGAGUAGUUUACACGGGAUUACCAGGGGAUAAUCCAUUUACCGUAUUUAGAGACAUGAGUCUCCAUCUGUCUGUAUUUAUCACAGCGAGGGAGCCGUCAGCACCGGCUGGCCCCGCGCGGACACUCCGGGGAACAGUGCGCGACAAAACGCUACGCGGAUCCCGACGUCGCGCAGCGGAUCGUUGUCAAACUGACCCGCAGGUCUGGCUGUGGUGAUGGUGUUUCGACAUCUGAAGCUCCACUGAUGUCAAUGAAGUUUCCAUACCAAGGGCCUGCCUCUGUCACAUGUCUUCUAACAAAUGCAGCAUAACCUCUUAAAACCAACAUCCAAAGCAUAUUUGCUACUUUUCCACGGUUUCAGCAAAUCCCUGAACAUGUGCUGAACAUUUUAGCUUUUAGCUGCUUGUAGCUGUGAAAAACUUCUUUCUUCUUCUUUUUGAGUUUUCCCUUCACUCCGGAGGAGCUUCUUUCGCAGAUGAUGCGGGCAGACAGCAAAGGCCGAAGCGCCUCCCCUCACAGGAUAACCUAUAAGUCGGACUUCCAUGCCAUCAAAUGUUCAUUUGACCCUGCAACGAGCCUACAGUCGGGAACUAAAACUGCCUCAACCAGGCUGCUUUCCAGUCAGUCAGAUCCCGUAAUGUCCCACACCAGCGCCAUGGCGAGCACGGGCAGCAGAGGGAGAGUCCUCAGCACCAGAGGAACCAAGAUCAGAGAUAACAUCUUCCUGCAAAUGGACAACCAACAGCUGAAAAAAGAUGUUGGUCCUGUGCAGAGUUCGGGCUCCACAGCCUUCCCUUCUCCCCAUAAUCCCCUUCUGCACCUCCAAACUUCAGUUUUCUCUGCAACCAGGCGGCCAGUCGUCAAUCCCUUGGCGUUUCUGAGCGCUGCGGCCAACACUUCAACUCCAGGAUCUUCUCUGCAAGCUAAAUCUUCCAGAUCGGGAGAUGUGGUGAAUAUUGACAGAGCUGCUCUGGCUCAGAAGUUCUCUGUAACGCGCAGGUUGUUUGAGACCCAGGGGAUGGAUGUCGGAAGUUGUGGCGGGCAGGUUUCAAAAGGUAUCGCUGCCAGGGGAAGCAAAGCGACUGCAGGUGGGAAAGGAGAAGGGGAAGAGAUGGAAAAAGAGGAAGACGAGGGUGAGAAAAGUAAACGCACAGGAGAGUAUAGCUUUGAUAUAGACAAAUCCAUAAAUGUACCCAUCGUAAAUGUUCACUUGACGACAAGUCCCCAUAGAUCUCCCGUACCGGAUGGUCCUGGUGACUCGCCCAACAGAUCGCGAUCCUAUCUUGACAAACCUGGUCGAGCCUUGGGAGCACAAACUGAGGAAAAAAGGACGGCGAGCGCAGCUCGUGACUUCUACUUGACCCCCGAGGAGCCAGUCAGGGCGGAACUAGUUGACGUAAAGUACGGGUCAUCAGAAAGUGACGAAAAUGAGGAAGAAAAGGCGCAGCAAGAGGGAAGAACCUGCCCUAAGGAUGGGGGGGGAAAGGACAUGCACCAAUUUGCAGCAGAAACUGCAAGUUGGUGCAUGUCCUUUGGACCCCACGUGUCGGAAAACGGCGUGGAACUGAGCAUGAGAGAAGGUGGGUCAGUUGUUCCCUCAGAUGAACACCAGAAGGAGUCAUUAACCAGCGAGACCGAAGACGACAGUGAAGUUGGAAGAGACGAGUACCAGCAGGUGAAGGAGGAAUGGGGCGGCGACGGAAAAGACAGACAGUUCUUGUUCGGUGAAAACCGGGACAAAGGGGAGAAAAAGACUGUUGCAGGAGAGGUCGAAAGUCCUGGAAGGGCUGAGAGAGGGAAAAUGCGAGAGGAAGACGACGACCUGCCAGUUGAGAGAUGCAGACCAGAGACAGUCGAAACCGAGAAAGAAACAUCUGGACUGCAAGAUGAGGUCAGGCGUGAGGAGGGCGGAAAAGGUGGUGGCGAUGGAAAAGCUGCUCAGGGAGGAGGCGUAGAGGACCACACGGGACCGGCGGCUAUCGGUGGGAUUGAGAACGAGGCUUUUGCUCUUGAGCAGGAUCCCCAGGAAAGUGGGAACUCCAUACAUGAUAAUCAGCGUUCUUUGCAAUAUGAGGAAAUUCCUGGUUUGCUUGAACUGGAUGACGAGGAGGAGAAUGAGAAUAAGGAAGAGCGUGUUGAGGAUGCCGCAAAAGAACAGCAGAGGAGAAGAGUCCGGUUCACCUCAGCACCAAUCAAGGUGUACAGCACUUAUUCCAACGCCGAGUACGACCGACGCAAUGAAGACGUCGACCCGGUGUCGUCCUCAGCCGAGUACGAGCUGGAGAAGAGGGUGGAAAGGAUGGCUGUCUUUCCAGUGGACAUAGAGAAAGGAGAUGAGGGUCUGGGCAUUAGUAUAAUAGGAAUGGGUGUAGGAGCCGACCAGGGACUGGAAAAACUCGGAAUCUUUGUCAAGACCGUCACUGAAAGAGGAGCAACACAGAAGGAUGGAAGGAUUCAGGUGAAUGAUCAAAUAGUGGAGGUGGAUGGGGUGAGUUUGGUUGGAGUCUCCCAGUUGUUUGCAGCCACCGUCCUCAAGAACACAUCGGGCCUCGUCAAGUUUUUGAUCGGGAGAGAGAAGGAGGGAGUGGAGAGCGAGGUGGCACGACUGAUCAACGAAAGCCUGGAGAUGGAUAGAACACCCAGGGAGAGGGGAAGCGCAAGCGGGGACGAGGAUAUAGAUGGCAGCUUUUCAGGGAAGUCAGUGGCUGAGGAAGUGGAGGAGGAGGAGGAGGAGGCAGAUGAAGAGGAGGAUAUGUCUUUCAUUUCCAGUCUGGACAACUACCAGCUCUGCCUCAAAUACCAGCAGCUCCAGUCAAAAAUACAACGCAGAGCAGCUCAACAUAAACAUGCUAAAGAAAAGUUAAAGGCCUGGAAGGAGCUGCAAAUUGGUUGGGAGAAGCAAAAGACUGAGCUGGAACAAAGAGUCGAGGAUGGAGAGGAGAAAGCUGAGAAACUAGAGAAGUACUGGCAGGAAGCCCAGACUCUGUGCAGGGUUGUGAACCAGCGACUGGCUGAUGCCCAAAACCAAUCAGAAAGCUUGGAGAUCAAAUACAACAAAGCCAAGAGACUGAUCAGAGAAUACCAGAGCAGAGAGGAGGAACGAGAGAAGAGAGAGGCUGAUUUAAGAGGAGAAAUGGUGGCGAGGGAAAAGCUGCACAGGGAGACCGUCGAAAGGCUACAAAUCCAGAUAGCACAGCUCGAGAGGAAAGAGGCUACACCUGAAAGAAAGACCCACUCUGGGGACGGUUCAGUCACAGACUGGUAUAUUCCACUUCCUGAUACGGGACUUCUAGACUCCAGCGCUCACAAAGCCAGAGCUCAACUGGCCCAGAAGUCCAAGCGCCACCCGCCCUCUCGAGACAAACUCCGAGAGAGCUUCAGGAGGAAGGAAAGCGAAGUUCGGAAGCUCGAGGAGAGCCUAACGCUGUCGACGCCCACGCCGACCACGCAAAGGGGCAGCAGAAGUGACCUGUCCAGUGUGUCGUCGUUCACGGACGUCGGCCCUCAGCCCCCCAACAGCCUCGUCUUCUCACCGCCCAACUACACCACUGACCGGGUCCCUCCCUCUCCGUGCAAAUCCUCUGCAUCCAGAAAGUCCAAAAAGAAAUUCCCCGACUUCAGUGGCCUGCGAAAGUCUCUUAGCAAAAGGAGAAGUGAGAAACUCUCCAAAAGGUCCCUGAGCAACAGGGGUUCGUGUGACCUGGUGGACGGGCCUCCUGAAGUCUCUCCGUCGGGUUCAAUAACCUCCAUGCCCUCAUGCCUGCCCUUCGCCUGGUUUGGAGAGCGAGGGAGAGAAAAGCAAGUGGAGGCUGAGCGAGGCAGGGAGAGACUCCGCUCUGUGUCCAGCAGCAGCUUGCCGUACCUGACCACCGCUGGUAGAAGGGGCCAGAGCAUUGGCUCUCCAGCGAAGUGCUCCAGCAUGGUGGGUCAUGUUUCUGAUCCCUCCCUCUCCGGACACUCUCACGCUUUCACUUUUUCCUCCAGCGAGACGUUGGACGAUGACCCAGUUCCCAAUAAUAACAACAUCCACCAGUGGCAAAGUCGCCCCGUGUUGGAGUGGGACAACCACCAGGUGUUACUUUGGUUAAUCGCCAUGAACAUGGAUGAGUACGCGUCAGAGUUUGCUGCCCGAGGUGUCGACGGCACGCAGCUGCUCAACAUGGACAGUGAGAAACUCAAGGCUCUGGGCGUUUGCAGUCAAAGCGAUCGGACCGCCCUCAAGAGGAGGCUGAAGGAGAUAAAGAAAAGCCAGGAAAAAGAACAGAGGAAAGGAGAGAGGACGCUGGAAAGGAAGAACACAUUUUCGGGUGUGGAGGCUGAGGAGAAAGCUACGAUGAUGGAGACGACCGUAAACGACACCAGAGGCGGCAGCAGAACUGUAAGGACUGAGUCGCUCUUAUAAAAGGAAAGCGCAGUGAUGUCGGAGAAGCACCACCAGCGUGUUUGCAGUUUAAUGCGCACAAAAUACCCUUGAAGCCAUUUCUAUUUGAUCAAUGGAAACCGUUCAUGUACUCUUAAUAACUAUGAGCAAGUUCACACUCUGCGUCUGUAAUUUAUUGUCUCAGUGAUUUUGUUGUUUUUUUAAUUUAUUUUUUUAAUUAACCUAAAGUUCUCCUUAAAAUGGUUUUAAUAUUUAUUAGUGAUGCUUUAACCACUUGGGUAUUUGCUGUAAAUGCUUUUAUGUAUUAAUAAAUAACUUUUUAAACCUCA